GACACGGUGCCCCGCACAGCGCGCAACUUCGCCCAGCUGGCCAGCACCGGCGCCGAACUGGGCGGCCAGAGAGGCGGCUACGAGGGCAGCCCCUUCCACCGCGUCAUCAAGAACUUCAUGCUCCAGGGCGGAGACUUCACCAACCGGGACGGCACGGGCGGCUUCAGCAUUUACGGCCGCUCCUUCGAAGACGAGAACUUCAAGCUGCAUCACACGGGCCCUGGCAUACUGAGCAUGGCCAACUCUGGGCCCGACACCAACGGCAGCCAGUUCUUCAUCACCACUGUCCCCACCAGCUGGCUGGACGGCAAGCACGUGGUGUUCGGAAAGGUCACCCGGGGCAUGGAUGUGGUGCGCAAGAUCGAGUCUCUCCGUACCAACAGCCGGGACCGGCCCGUCCAGGACGUGCUCAUUGCCAAGUCGGGCCUCGUCGACUCGGCGCCGUUCGAGCUGGACCUCAGCGCCGCCUCCAAGUAAUGAGCGGCGCGAGUGCGUCUGGCCGCUCGGCGGGUGGUCCCUGGCGGGGCCGGCGCUUCGCUGGGCGACCGGCCGCCGCCCGCGCCUCCGCCUUGGCUCGCAGGGCACGAGAUGCUUAUCGCUGCCGGGUCGUUCGGAAUCUCCCGCUCUCAGCUCUUGGUUAUUGACGACGGCAUUCCGUGACGGGGAACUGACAUCAUUCAAAACAAAAAACGUGUAAAUACAUGAUUUACCACUGGGCUUGUGUCGAAGUGAUGUCGUCGUAGAUCUUUGGCUGCGGUGCAUAUUAACGCAUGCAUGUGGUCUCCUCCCUUUGCAUGCUGCAACGUUCCUGGCGCUGCUGCGAGCUUGACUGAGAGGUCCCAUGCCGCUGCGAUGUUGACGUGCCACCUACAUGGCGCACUCAUGCGUUGCGCUAUCGGACGGCGGCAUUUGUGAUAGCAGACUUGACUAAUCCCCCAUACCAGAGGGUUGUCUACCCAGACGUGGUCUCCGUAAAGAGGUAAUACGCAAUCUAUGUGUCGUCCAUGUAAACGGCGAGACUUCACCGCGUUCAGUACCGGAAUACUUGCCUUGUGCGGAAUCAGCUGAAACACGAGCGGCGUAGAUCGUUAGUAGCGCUUGGGUGGCGUAGGCAUGGAGCAUGCUGAUGUUAUAACGGCGUCGCGACAUGGGCCGUUGUGGUGGGCGCUAGGCCGUGUUGUUACUCGAUUGCGCUGAACUUGGGCCCUCGUGCAACGCGACCCCAAGCUCAGAGACAUCUUUCGAAAUCUAAAAACUUGCUGAGCAUGAAUACUCGCAUUUGUGAGUCGCCUGGUGAACUGGCGGCGGAGGCAACAGUCGGCUGUGGGAGCGUGUACUGAAUACUCUAUGGCCCUCCCCCAGUUGUAGCAUGAACACUGCCAACAACGCGUCUGUGAUACAUCCUGCCUGGAACGUGGGACCACUGUUGCUUUUCUGGAAUCCCUCUAAGCGCCGUACUACCGCCAAAUGUCAAAUACAUGGCUCUGGCAGGC